AUGGCCGAGCAACUCAGCAAGAAUUUCGAGACGCUUCAGCUCCAUGCUGGCCAGGAGCCUGAUCCUACCACCAACUCGCGCGCAGUGCCCAUCUACGCUACCACGAGCUUCACAUUCAAUGACUCGGCCCAUGGCGCGAGGCUAUUCGGCCUCAAGGAGUUUGGCAACAUUUACUCCAGAAUCAUGAACCCUACUGUCGAUGUUUUCGAGAAGCGAAUUGCUGCUCUGGAAGGCGGUGCUGCCGCUCUCGCCGCCUCGUCUGGCCAGAGUGCCCAGUUCAUCACCAUCAACACGCUUGCCCACGCCGGCGACAACAUCAUCUCCACGUCGAACCUCUACGGCGGCACAUACAACCAGUUCAAAGUCUUCCUGCCUCGCCUCGGAAUCCAGACCAAAUUCGUCAACGGCGACAACCCCGACGAGAUUGCUGCCCUGAUUGACGACAAGACCAAGGCCAUCUACGUCGAGAGCAUCGGCAACCCUCGCUACAACGUGCCGGACCUCGAGGCCAUUGCCAAGGUUGCGCACGCCAAGGGCGUCCCUCUUGUUGUCGACAACACCUUUGGCGCUGGUGGCUACUUCCUGCGCCCCAUCGACCACGGCGCCGACAUUGUCGUGCACUCGGCCACCAAGUGGAUUGGCGGACACGGCACCACCGUCGGCGGCGUCAUUGUCGACAGUGGCAAGUUUGACUGGGGCGCCAACGCUGCGCGCUUCCCGCAGUUUGUCGAGCCCUCCGAGGGCUACCACGGCCUCAAGUUCUGGGAGACGUUUGGGGCCGCCUCUUUCAUCAUCCGCGCGCGCGUCGAGAUUGUGCGCGACCUCGGCGCCUACCUCAACCCGUUCGCCGCCCAGCAGCUGCUGCUCGGCACCGAGACGCUGUCGCUGCGCGCCGAGCGCCACGCCCAAAACGCCCUCGCCCUCGCCCAGUACCUCGAGAAGAGCCCCAAGGUCAGCUGGGUCUCCUAUCCGGGCCUGGCCAGCCACGGCUCGCACGAGCUGGCCAAGCGGUACCUCAAGAGGGGCUUCGGAGGCGUCCUGAGCUUUGGCGUCAAGGGCGGCGUCGCCGAGGGCGCCAAGGUCGUCGACAACUUCAAGCUCAUCUCCAACCUGGCCAAUGUUGGCGAUGCCAAGACUCUGGCUAUUCACCCUUGGAGCACGACCCAUGAACAGCUUUCCGACGAGGAAAAGGCCAACUCUGGCGUCACCGAGGAUCUCAUUCGCAUUUCGGUUGGUAUCGAGCACAUUGAUGACAUCAUUGCCGACUUUGAACAGUCCUUCUCCGCGGCUGGUAUUUAG